AUGGCCUACACGACCAAGUACCAUGAGGACUCGGACGCCGAUGACGAGUUUGAGCGCCAGGGCAUCUCUAGCCCGACCCUACCCGCCGAGUACGAGAGCUCCCCCACGAGCUCCGGCCCGCUGAGCACUGAACACACGCCCACCACCUUCACCCAUUCGCGCGACAGCAAGAGCAGCCCGACGGGGCACAUAAUGGAGUGGAACGAGGACCAGACGGCCGACUUCAUCGCCGACCUGGGCCUGGAGCAGUACUCGGAUACCUUUGCUAACGAGGGCAUCACCGGCGACGUGCUCGCCGCCCUCCAGCAUGCCGAGCUGAAGGAGCUGGGCGUCGGCAGCGUAGGCCACCGCCUGACAAUCCUCAAGGCCGUCUACGAGAUCAAGGUGCGGCAGAAUGUGCCCAUGGACCCCGACGACUACGUCCCGCUAUCUGCGGAUACGUCGGCACAGGAAGCGCCGCCAACCCAAGACGACUUCGCCAAGGUCAUUCGCGUAGUCCAGGCGCGCGACGAGCGCAUACACACGGCCGAAUCGGAGCUGCGACAUCUCCGAGAAGACCUCAGCAGGGUCAUGGACGAGAACAAGCGGCUACGAGAGGAGAUCCUGCCACUCGUGCGCAUGCUCAAGGACAACCAACCCCUGCCUACGCCCCACGAGCACUCCGUCACAUCGCCACCUGCAACUCAAGAGAGAUCUGGUGGCAGCAGUCUUUCGCGUAAGUUCUCUACCAAGAAGCUUUUCCUUGGAUCCGCGCCAAAGAACCCCUCUCCAACAAUCCAAGAACAUCGCGCUCUUGUCGAUCAUUCUUCUUUGGACCCCUCCGCAGCAGCCGUCGCAGCCUCCUCACACCUCACAGCAUCUCUCGGUGGUGGCCCGCAACUGUCGCCCAACUCCAUCGCCCAGCCCUCCCCGACAUCCCCCGCAUACACACAAGGCCAAGGCCGCCAGUACAACCGCGAAAUACCCCGAAGCGGGCACGAUCACGACGGCAGCUCAGGGUGGAGUCAAAACACAUGGAAUUCAGACACAACUGCUGUAUCCGACCGUAAUCGCGACCCCCGCGCUACGCCCGCACCACUGUCAUCACGACAGAUGCGAAACAACGCUGCACCAACACCGACCCCCGACGAUCGCGACCCACCACUCUCUGGCGGCUCAAGUUCAAUGAACACCUCCGCAUCCAAUCCCGCAUCCACGCCAUCUACGAACCCGCAAGUUGAAAUCUUCAAAUCGUUCCGAGUCUCAAUCGACGAUCCGUGCCACAAGGUGCUUCCGGUUGCGCUUAAGAAAUACAACAUUACGGCAGAUUGGCGCCAGUAUGCCCUGUAUAUUGUACACGGUGAUCAGGAGCGCUGUCUUGGACUCAACGAGAGGCCGCUGAUAUUGUUCAAACAACUUGACAAGGAAGGCCGGAAACCCAUGUUCAUGCUUAGGAAGCAUGCAGCACCGCAAGAAGGCCAUGUCAGCACCGUGGGCGGAAACGAUGUACGGCCCGUCAAUCCGCAAACAGAGAGCUUCGGGUGGGGUAACCAGAAUAGAGGGACACCCCUGCCCGGAGGCGUUCUGUAG